CUUGUCUCUUGUGCUGCGUUAUUCCCGGUAAAAACCAGCGCCGCACCUUGAAUCAUUAAUUACGUGAGCACGCAAUUGUGUGGGUACGCGCACGCAAGUUUUUUCCACUCGGACGCACAGAGGACGGCGAAAGGCUGGCGGGGCGGAGAAGGAGAACAGCAACAGCCAGCAGAGCAGCACCGCUGUCAAGAAACACAAGUCCACGCACGGCGAAGGGAACCCGCGUAACCAGCCCUACGAGGACGUCUUCGCCUGCGUAAUUUACCAUGACAACCAAAUCAGGCGCAGACUCUGAGGCCAGGCAGCAGCAGCAGGAGGAGGAGAGCGCAAAGGCUCAGAACCAGCCAGAGCAGCUUCCUCCCGCCGUGGGACACAGCACUCCGGCCAGGAAACAACAGGAGCAGCAAGAAGACGACCAAGUGUCCCGCCAGUCGUCCACCAGUCUGUCCAGGUCUCCUUUAAAAGGAGCCAAGAAGGUGAAAAUCAUGCAGUGCAAAGUGACGCUGCUGGACGGUUCUGACUACACCCUCAAUGUGGAGAAACGGGUCAAGAGCCAUGUUCUCUUUGACAAAGUGUGUGAUCACCUCAAUCUGCUGGAGAAGGACUACUUUGGCAUCACCUACAGAGAUGUGGAGAAUCAGAAGAAUUGGCUUGACCCUUCCAAGGACCUAAAAAAGCAGAUCAGGACUUUGCCCUGGAAUUUUGCCUUCAAUGUGAAGUUUUACCCUCCAGACCCCUCUCAGCUGACAGAGGACAUCACCAGGUACUACCUGUGCCUGCAAUUGAGAAACGACGUGGUUUCGGGCCGCCUGCCCUGUUCCUUCGCCACACACAUUGUCCUAGGCUCGUACAUGGUGCAGUCGGAACUGGGUGACUACGACCCAGAGGAGCUUGGCAGCGACUACAUUAGCGAGCUGCGCUUCGCACCCAACCAGACCAAAGAGCUGGAGGAGAAGGUCAUGGAGCUCCACAAGACCUACAAGGGGAUGACACCAGCAGAUGCUGAAAUACAUUUCCUGGAGAAUGCAAAGAAGCUAUCCAUGUACGGUGUGGAUCUUCACCAUGCUAAGUUGGUAGGGAGUCUCUAUGAAGGCUUGGCUCAUGCUGAGGCAGAGGACUCUGAGGGUGUGGAGAUCAUGCUGGGAGUGUGCGCCAGUGGCCUCCUCAUCUACAGGGACAGGCUGCGCAUCAAUAGGUUUGCCUGGCCCAAAAUCCUCAAGAUCUCCUACAAGAGGAACAACUUCUACAUCAAAAUCAGGCCUGGCGAGUUCGAGCAGUUUGAAAGCACCAUCGGCUUCAAGCUUCCAAACCACCGUGCAGCGAAGCGACUGUGGAAGGUUUGUGUGGAACACCACACCUUCUUCAGACUCGUGUCCCCCGAGGCGCCUCCGAAGAAGUUCCUCACCAUGGGCUCCAAGUUCCGCUACAGCGGCAGGACGCAGGCUCAGACUCGCCGUGCCAGCUCUCAGAUCAUUAGACCCGCCCCCUUUUUCGAACGCUCGGCCAGUAAACGUUACACCAUGUCCCGCAGCUUGGACGGAGCGCCCAUCAUGGAGAACCACGAGACUCUGAAGGACAGUGACGGAGCAGCCAGGGGAGACAUCAUCACCACAGUCACCACAGAGAAGAAAGCGGAGGAAGAGAAGGCGGAGCAGGAGCACGCACGUGGGGACACUAUGGAGAUGAAAGGGGCUGCUGCCACAACGCCACUCAGACAGGAAAUAAAGCGCUCACCCCGUGUAUUCACCACCAGCCCCCUCAGGUCUGAGCUUUCACUCCCUUCAUCUCCAUUGUCAUCAACUAAAGUACGGCGGCGACGCAGGGAGAACACGCGCAAACGGGCCUCAUCGGUUAGCCCGGCCAAGAACAAUGGCGGCCACCGUCGCCAGCAGGCCCGCUCGGAACGCAAAGAGGCCCUGCUGGAGGAGCGGGCGCUGCUGCUGUCGGCCCGCAAGCAGCGGCUGGAGCAAGGCAAGGCGCGUGGUGGCACGCUUUUCUCCUUCUCACUGCACCUGCCCGACUUGUCGGCCAUCCUGGACGAGGAUGGCUACAUCAGCUUCCCCGAUCUGUCUGAGAUGCGCUUCCUCCCGGAGUGCGCGCAGAACUUCAUACCCAUCAAGUCUCCUUCGCUCAUUCCCUGCUUUCUCUUCAUCUUCUUCUUCUUGCUGUCCACCUCCUUCUCCGUCCCCUACGCUCUCACCCUCUCCUUCCCCCUGGCGCUGUGCCUCUGCUACCUGGAGCCCAAGGCAGCCUCCCUGACCGCCUGCAUAGCCCAGGGCUACCAUGACCAUGACAGUUCAGAGGAAGAGGAGACCGACAGCGAACAAACUGACUUUGCCCUGGACGGAGAUAUGACGGCCACGGAGUCGGACGCAGAAGAGGACUCAGAGGUGCUCACUCAGGACACUGAGCCCCCCAUGGAGAUGAUCAAGCACCAGACCAACAUCAGCGAGCUGAAGCGCUCCUUCCUGGAGACAGACGCUGCUGCUUCCGGCCUUACGGAGUGGGAGAGGAGGCUUUCCUCGUCCCCGGCUCGCGAGGCGCCUAUGAUAGAGCCUCUGGACCAGCAGGAAAAUGAAGAUGGAGUACCUGCUGUAAAUGCGAGAAAGGAGGAAACCAAAGUCAGUGAGGCGGCAGGAAAUCAGCUGAGUUGCGGCACAGAUAGUAGCCCCGCCUCCGAGCCACAGGGUAUUAGCCCGUCCACUACUAAGGAUGACGACAUUUUCGAGGACGGGACACCCAGGCAGGCGGAGGAGAAAAGCCCAGACUCCCAGGAGGAGUUGUCUGAGAAAUCUCUGGCAAAGGUGAGCCCAGGGUCUGUCAGGGAGGAAGUGUCCCAGGCCAUCAUAGACAAAAGAGGCAUGCUCAUCAUCUUGAAGGAGGCUGAAGACAGAGAACAUCUCCAGAUGGUUAUAGAAGCCAGAAGUGCCUCUGUCAAGGAGAUGGAGACACUGAUGGAAGACAUGUCUCAGAUUAAAGCUGCCAGCUCGCCCAAGAAGGCUAUGGCCUCUUGGGUGUCGGAGGUGGUGAAGGCGGAGGAGUCUGAGGUCUUCAGCGUGUUGACGAAGGAGAUGAAGACCUUUGAGGAGCCUUGCCACAAAGCGGACACCCUCCAAGAGCAUUCAGAGACGGAUGUUGCUCAGAUUACACUCCCAGAGACAACACCCUUAGCAGUGUCAACUCUUGGAUGGGUUUCUUCAUCCACUUGUGAAAAGACAUCAGCUGUUCCGGAGCAGAAGUUGGUUGUUACCAUGGAGACAGAUGCGCAUCCUGACAAGGACACUAUCUGCGCUAAAGAGACUCCUGUGAUUCACACUGAGACCAAGACCAUCACCUACGAGUCUGGAGCGGGCGACAUGAACGGCGACGCAGACCCGGGCGUGCUGCUGAGUGCUCAAACCAUCACCUCGGAAACCACCAGCACCACCACAACCACACACAUCACAAAGACUGUGAAAGGAGGGAUUUCAGAGACAAGAAUCGAGAAACGGAUUGUCAUCACGGGAGACUCCGACAUCGACCACGAUGAGGCUCUGGCUCAGGCCAUAAAGGAGGCUAAAGAACAGCAUCCUGACAUGUCAGUGACCAAAGUAGUGGUACAUAAAGAGACAGAGAUCACACCUGAAGAGGGGGAGGACUGACCCAGGAGUAAUCGCUACAUCCAACAAUUCUACAGUUGACACCAGGAAUAGAAAGCCGCCUCCUCUUCCUCCAAAUGUUGCAGCUUGCCCGCCAGUCUCAACCAUCCAACCUGCAAAAAUAAAAACCAAUGCAUGACGCGACAGCCGCAAUGUGGCAUUAUUACAUAACCGUGAGAUUAUCCUUGAAACUGUUUUUUUAAAAAAAGAUGGUUUUCACGCCCGCGUGCAGCAAGUUUGCCUUAUGACAUUAAUGCGUUUUUACGAUUACGAUUGUAGCAAACUUUUUAUUUAUGAAGUCAUCACUCCAGAAUUCUUGCAUCACAAGUAUUUAACUUUCCUGCAGUGUUUUUAUCAGGUAUUGGCCACCAAAUACAACAUAGCUAAGCAGAAACAUUGUUCUCAUUUGUACUUGAACUGCAUUUUUUAUUUGAGUAUUUUUUUUGUUCUCAUGGAAACCAUGAAUCUCAAAUAAGACGAGGCUUAUUGUAAAGGAAGGAAGUCACCUGUGAAAGGCUUUCAGGGUCCUCCAAGGUGAAGCAAUGUCGCUGCGAGGUUGAGCGUGAGGCCUCAACUGCAUGCGACUCAUCCUCCACCUCCACUUUUGCGUUAAGCGUCCAUCCACCGUGCGCCUCCUCGCUCCUCAGAGCACCUAAGUAUUCCUCUCAACACCUUCUACUCCUGAUUGGUCAAUGACAACAUGGCAGAUGUCAGUGUCUUUGUUUUGAAUCGCUUGCAGGUGAAUAAAAAGUUGAUAUCACAACUGAAACUUGACAUUUCUAGUUUCAUGUCUCCUCCCCCCAUCUUGCAUGUGAAAGUUUUUACACUUAAGAUAUAUUUACAUUUUUAAGUGUAAAAAGUUAACCACAGUAUGUCUCCUGUAACAUGGAAAUGUAUGGUGAUGCUGGACUGGAAAUUGUGCGACUUAAGGCAACCUAAAAUGUACCUUCUGAAUGGUAUGAAGUUGUGUUAAAUGUGGUUUGUUGCAAAAUGUCAAACUAAUUAAAACUGAUGCUAACAAUCGAUUUUUCCCAUAAGAGAUCAUGUAAAUCCAAUUAAUCUGUUCCAGAAACCCCAAAAUUUUAACUUAAUGCAGAAAAUUCCAAAUGCAUAUAGGCUUACUUUUGCCUUCAUUGAAGAUGUGACACGAUGUGGGAGCGAGACACCACACGGACACCACUUACUGUUUACCUAGGAGUUACUCCUUGAAUUCAGUGAAAAACACUAUUCAAGAAAUUCAUGGCAAAACGGGAAGAUGGUGCCCGUCUUGUGCGUUGCUGCCACAGCGUGUUUUGGGCAACCGCUAAAGACCCUGACUGGACUUCUGGUUCCGGUUACCAUUUUUGUUAGAAGCUAAGGACAUUUUGUGAUGUAC